UAGCAACCAGAAAGGAUACGCCUACUUGCUUUGAAACAACAGAUAUCCCUCUUGUCAAUCAUGUCUCAACAAGGUGCUGUUCUCCAAAGUUACAACAAUGAAUUGAUUAAAUGUAUUGAGGACUUAUGUUCAAAAAGAGAUGAACUUCAUCAACAGAUUUUACAAGAAGAAGAAGAAAAGCAAAAAAUUCAGAACGAUUUGCGUAUAUUAACUGAACGUUUGGCUCAAGUAAAUGAAGGUCUUGCUCACAAGAUUAGCACUAGAAAUGAAUAUGACAGAACAAUAGCUGAGUGUGAGAUGGCAUACAGAAAGAUUCUGGAAAGCUCUCAAACACUACUUCAUGUCCUCAAGAAAGAGACAUCUACAUUGAAAGAUAAAACUGCACCACCAGGUGGUACAUCUACUGUCAGUAAUCCUAAACACCCUCAUGCUAAUACAACUUAAAAAUUUUGUUUUAAUAAUAAUUUUUAUAAAUAUGGUA